CUCAAAUCUAAUUGUUUAGUCAAGACAAUUUUAAAUCAGACUUUUUGUUACAAUUGUAUUUUGCUAUGUUCAACAUGGUGAAUAUUUUUGUUGGUGUUGUUUUAACCCUCAUAGUGACUCAGGUCACCUGCGAUGUUCCAGAUGAGACCUACACCAAAUUAAACGAGCUAAAAAAGUUGCUCAGCAACAACGAGUACCAAGUCUACAGCAACCUCAACGUGUGGCUCACCAAGUCGCACGACAUCAUUAAAAACUACGAAGACGACGUCCACAACAAGCUAAAAACGGGCAUGGAAAAAGUAGCUUCGCAAGUAAAACGUUGCAAAUUAGAAGACAAAAUUGCUAACUUAAGUGAAGAAAUAGAGGGCGACUUCCAGAAGUGUCUGGCCAAAGUCACCUCCGAAGCGGACGGUUACUUCAACGACUUGGACCUGCUGAUGUGGGGGCUGACGGACGAAGUGCUGAAGGACGAGGAACGGUUGGAGCAGUGCUCGGAGACGAAGUGCUACGAACAGCUGAACCACCAGCUGGACGAAGACCUCGAGUUAAUUCCGGAACGUGUCGACGCCAUCGUUGUGGAACGGCUGAAGUUUCUGGAGGGCGGCAUCCACAAGAAGUUGAGGUUCUGCGACCCCACUCAGGAGUUGGAUGAUGGCAUCGAAGAAGUGAUGAAGUCUUGUGUUAAUUAGUCUUGAGUUUAAGAGCUGGUAGUACUUAAAUAGAGUCCAAAAUGUAGUUAA